AUGUCGGCCACCAAAGUGAUACGUUCAUUAAAUGCUAUUCAUGCUGUUUGUUUUCUGCCAAUAUUUACCAUUCUCAUCAUCGCCAUUUGUCUUUUACACUCCUGGCUAAUUGAUUCUUCUUCUCUCUCUCUCUCUCUUUUUUUCUACCCUCUCCCCCCAAAACCAUCGGUACGUUCCCUUUCCUCAUCCUCCUUGACUGUGCAACUUCCAAUCAUUGCUGCAACCUUCACUUCGGGAGGGGGAAUUUAUUUGUUUAUUUUUAUUGUUCUUUUCUUUUUCCUCCUCCUCCACUUGGCCACUUUCUUCUUCCUCCACCGUCUCUUGGACUUUUUCCCCUCUUGCUUCUCCACAUGGUCUUUUCCCUCUCCCACUUUAUAUUUUCCUCCUCCUUCAUCACUUUGUCUUUUUCCUCCCCUUCCUCCACUUGGUCUUUUCUUCCUCCUCUUCCCCCACUUGGUCUUUCUCCUAUUCCUCCUUCACUUGAUAUUUUCCUUUUCCUCCUCCUCUUGGUUUUUUUUCCUCUUCUUCCUUUUGUUUUUUCCCUCCUUCCUCCUCCUCCUGCUCUUUUUCUUCCUCCUCUUGGUCUUUUUUUCACUUUUCCACUUCUUUCUUCCUAUAGUCUUCUUUUUCACUCCUACUUCUUUUGGUUUUGCUGCUCUUUCUUCCUCUGAUUUCUCCCUCUCUUUUCUUUUGGUCAUUUUUCUCUUCUUCAUCUUCUUCCUCCUCAUUUUCAGCUUGCUUCUCCUCCUACACCUCUCUCUCUCUGGUCUUGUUUCUUUUCCUCUUCCAUUUAGUUCUGCCUCCUUUUACUUCUUUCAAAAUUUCUCCUCCACUCCUUCCAUUUGGUCAUACCCUCCUCUUCCUCCUCCUCUUCAGCUUUUUCUUCAUUUAAUCCUCCCCUUCUUAGUUCCUUUUACUUCUUCUUAA